GCAGGAUCCAGGGAGAGUGGAAGGGAGGAGGGGCUGGCCCAGGGAGGGCCACGGGAGGGCAGAGGCACUCUGGGGAAGGUAGGUGAGCUAGCAGCAGGUGUUUGUGACAGGAGAGGCCUAGGCUGGGGCCCUUGUGACCAGGGUGCCGUCACGGUUUUCCCCUCUGUCUCUUUGUCUCUUUCUGUUCCUGUGUCUUAUUCUUUCCAUCUUGGUCUCUUGGGUGGUUUCCCUCAGUCCACUUCUCCUUGGUAACCAGGCUAGAUCUCCAGGUGCCAGUGAUGACCCCAAGUCCCCAGACUUAACCCCUGAUUCUUCUCUCUGACCCCAGUCCUGGAUUUUCAGUGCUUAUUCCUUCCUAUCUCCUCCUUGACCUGACUAGUCCUUGUUUGUCCCAGCUGUAAUAACAAAUCUUCUGGGUUCUGACUCUCAGGGUUAUGAUUCCUAUCCUGCUCAGACUCACCCUGUAAUGUAUGGAUUACUUGGCCCUCCUUUUCAAAAGUAAGGCACUGGACAGCAGGCCAUUGAUAAAGCUGGAACUAGAAUCAUUUCUUACAUCUUGGUCUAAGUCACUGUCUCUUUGUACACUGACCUUUCAGAUCUCUGUGGACCCCCAGAAGAUCCCUGAAGAAAUUGUGAAUGGGUCCCGUGCUGCCUUGAAUGAGCCCUUAGCCCCAGAGCAUUGUGUACAUUUUGCUCCUUUAUUGAUUAAUUGAUUGGUUCUGUGCAGGGCCCAGGAGGGGCUGAGGCAGUUUUAACCAAGAUGUUCACUGAACUCGUCUGUCUCUGUUGCCCUUGUCUCUCAGCUGUGUUUCUGAGAAGUGCCUUUUCCUCAGCUUUUUCUGGAUCUUGGUGUCUUCCCUGGAAUGUGCACACUACCUCUCUUUCAGUAUUAGGGUUUGGCAGACCUCCACCAGCUCCCUAGGAUUUGCGCAGCGGUAAAGGUGUGCCCAGGUCACAUUGUGCGCAGGUCCUGACCAGGUUGGGGACCCGCUGCCAUGGGGGACAUGAAGACCCCUGAUUUCGACGACCUCCUUGCUGCCUUUGACAUCCCUGACAUUGAUGCGAAUGAAGCCAUCCACUCUGGGCCGGAAGAAAAUGAGGGGCCCGGAGACUCAGGGAAGCCAGAACCCAGCGUAGGGGGUGAAUCUGGAGAGGCAACAGCAGCAGCUGCCCAGGAUGGCCCCGAGAUUCCAGCCCAGGCCUCUGAUCAUGGCCUGCCACCCCCAGACAUCUCAGCAGUCAGUGUCAUUGUCAAGAACACUGUGUGUCCCGAGCAGCCUGAGUCCCCGGCUGGAAGUUCAGGAGGGGACGGGACCCGGGCUGUGGGGGUGACUAAGGAAGGGCCUGUGGGACAUCGUCUGAUGCAGAAUGGUUUUGGGGGCCCUGAGUCAUCCCUUCCAGGUACACCCCACUCUCCAGCUCCUCCCAGUGGGGGUACCUGGAAAGAAAAAGCCAUGGAAGGCAAAGCUCCUUUGGACCUUUUUGCUCAUUUUGGGCCUGAGCCAGGGGAGCACCCUGAUCCCCUCCCUCCCGCUGCACCCUCCCCGCCUCAGGAAGGGGCCAUGACCCCACCUCCUUUCUCUUCUCCCUUUGAGCUGUCCCGGGAGAAUGGCCCAGCCUUGCUGUCGUCUGGUUCUCCCCCACCGCUGGGGACCUUGAAGCAAGACAGCUGCAGCCCCAUUCAUCCUCCGGGCCUAGCCGGGCUAGGCUCUGGCUCUAGCCCUGAGGCCAUGGACAUUCCUGCCGGCGCCUCACCUCCCCAGGUUGCAGGGGUGCCCUUCUUCAAGCAGUCUCCAGGGCAUCAGAGCCCUCCUGCCUCCCCCAGAGUGCCCCGCUGUCAGCCCCUGAAGGAAGAGGAGGAGGAGGGGCCGGUGGCCAAGUCUUCCCCCAGAAGUCCCCAGAGUCCCUCUAGUGGAGCCGAGGCCGCAGAUGAGGACAGCAACGACUCCCCUGCCUCUUCCAGCUCCUCAAGGCCUCUCAAGGUGCGGAUCAAGACCAUUAAAACAUCCUGCGGGAAUAUCACAAGGACGGUAACCCGGGUCCCAUCAGAUCCCGAACCCCCUGCCCCCUUGGCCGAAGGGACCCUCCUAGCUGAGGCUGGCCUCCUGAAGCUAUCCCCCGCGCCCCCGACCCCUGAGGGUCCAAAGGUGGUGAGCGUCCAGCUGGGUGACGGUACACGGCUAAAAGGCACCGUGCUUCCUGUGGCCACCAUCCAGAAUGCAAGUACGGCCAUGCUGAUGGCGGCCAGCGUGGCCCGCAAGGCCGUGGUUCUGCCUGGAGGUGCUGCCACCAGCCCUAAGACGAUGGCUAAGAAUGUGCUAGGUCUGGUGCCCCAAACCUUGCCCAAGGCCGAGGGGCGGGUGGGGCUGGGGGCUGGGGGGCAGAAGGUGAACGGUGCCUCGGUGGUGAUGGUGCAGCCCUCCAAGCCGGCCCCCGGGCCCGGGGUGGGCGGUGGCACGGUGAUCUCGCGGACUCAGUCUAGCCUGGUGGAGGCCUUCAACAAGGUCCUCAAUAGCAAGAACCUGCUGCCUGCCUACCGGCCCAACCUGAGUCCUCCGGCCGAGGCCGGGCUGGCCCUGCCUCCAACCGGCUACCGCUGCCUUGAGUGUGGGGAUGCCUUCUCACUGGAGAAGAGCCUGGCGAGGCACUAUGACCGCCGGAGCAUGCGCAUCGAGGUCACCUGCAACCACUGCGCCCGCCGCCUGGUCUUCUUCAACAAGUGCAGCCUGCUGCUGCAUGCCCGAGAGCACAAGGACAAAGGACUCGUCAUGCAGUGCUCACACCUGGUCAUGAGGCCCGUUGCUCUGGACCAGAUGGUGGGGCAGCCGGAUAUCACGCCCCUGCUGGCUGUCCCUCCUGCCCUCGGACCUCCAGCCUUGCCUGCCCUGGGCAAGGGGGACGGGGCCAUCACCGCUGCCAUCACCGCAGUUCCUGCCGAGGCCCCUGUGCUGCCGCUCUCCUCCGAGCCCCCUGCUGCCCCUGCCACCUCGGCUUACACGUGUUUUCGCUGCCUGGAGUGUAAGGAGCAGUGCCGGGACAAGGCGGGCAUGGCUGCCCACUUCCAGCAGCUUGGGCCCCCCGCCCCUGGGGCCAACAGCACUGUGUGCCCCACCUGUCCCAUGAUGCUCCCCAAUCGCUGCAGCUUCAGCGCCCACCAGCGUAUGCAUAAGAACCGGCCUCCCCACGUCUGCCCUGAGUGUGGGGGCAACUUCCUGCAAGCCAAUUUCCAGACCCAUCUCCGGGAGGCCUGUCUGCAUUUGUCUCGCCGUGUGGGAUACAGGUGCCCUAGCUGCGCAGUGGUGUUUGGGGGUGUGAACUCCAUCAAGUCCCACAUCCAGACGUCGCACUGCGAGGUUUUCCACAAGUGCCCCAUCUGCCCCAUGGCCUUCAAGUCUGCACCCAGCGCCCACGCCCACCUGUACACCCAGCACCCCAGCUUCCAUGCGCAGCAGGCCAAGAUGAUCUACAAGUGCGCCAUGUGUGACACGGUCUUCACUCACAAACCCCUCCUCUCCUCACACUUCGACCAGCACCUGCUGCCCCAGCGUGUCAGCGUCUUCAAGUGCCCGUCUUGUCCUCUGCUUUUUGCCCAAAAAAGGACCAUGCUGGAUCAUCUCAAGAACACCCAUCAGUCCGGGCGCCAGGGGGAGGACACUGCUGGGAAAGGGGCCGCGGGUGCCCUAACGACCCCCAAGGCUGAGCCCGAGGAGCUGGCUGUGUCUCGGGGAGGAACAACCGUCCCCACUGAGGAGUCGUCUUCAUCCUCGGAAGAGGAAGAACUACCCAGCUCCCCCUCACCCCCUCGCCCAACCAAACGGCCCCGGCGGGAGCUAGGGAGCAAAGGCAUCAAGGGUGGUGGGGGCGGGGGCCCUGGAGGCUGGACCUGUGGCCUUUGUCACUCCUGGUUCCCCGAGCGAGAUGAGUAUGUGGCUCACAUGAAGAAGGAGCAUGGCAAGUCUGUGAAAAAGUUUCCCUGUCGCCUGUGUGAGCGCUCCUUCUGUUCCGCCCCCAGCCUGAGGCGCCACGUCAGGGUCAAUCAUGAGGGGAUCAAGCGAGUUUACCCAUGCAGGUAUUGCACAGAGGGAAAACGCACCUUCAGCAGCCGCCUGAUCCUGGAGAAACACGUCCAGGUUCGGCAUGGCUUGCCACUCGGGUCCCAGUCCCCUGGCCGGGGGAGCACCCUGGCUCGGGGCCCCGGUGCCAGAGCCCAGGGGCCAGGACGGAAACGCCGCCAGUCCUCUGACUCUUGUAGUGAGGAGCCUGACAGCACAACACCCCCGGCCAAGUCCCCCAGGGGUGGGCCCAGCUCAGGAGGCCAUGGGCCCCUGCGUUACCGGAGUGGUGGCUCAGUGGAGCAGAGCCUUAUGGUGGGGUUGAGGGUGGACGGCGGUGCCCAGCAGUGCCUCGACUGUGGCUUGUGCUUCGCCUCCCCGGGCUCGCUGAGCCGGCACCGUUUCAUCAGCCACAAAAAGAAACGGGGUGUGGGUGGUGCCAGUGCCCUGGGCCUGGGUGAUGGGGAAGAGGUCCCUCCUCCACUGAGGUCUGAUCCAGAGGGUGGAGAGUCCCCCUUGCCUGCCUCUGGGGGCCCGCUGACCUGUAAGGUCUGUGGCAAGAGCUGCGACAGCCCCCUCAACCUCAAGACCCAUUUUCGCACACACGGCAUGGCGUUCAUCAGGGCUCGGCAAGGGGGCAGUGGGGACAACUAGGCCUGGGCCUGAGUUGACCAGCCCUCUCCCCUCCCUUUUUGCCGGGAGCCUGGGUCACUGCUGCUGUGUGGUCCCUGGACUAGGGAUUUCAUCCUCAUUCACAUUUUGUUCAGCUCCUCACCCCCAUCCCCCAAACACAACAGGCUUUUGAGGAUUAUAGUGGUUUGCAGUCCCCUUUGGGUUUGGCCCGUGGGUCCUAGUAGAAUGGGCCCUCCAUUCCUCCUUUCUGAGCCCAACACUAAUUACUCUCCUGCUGCAGACCCCCGAGGUGGGUCUGGGGGUGGGAGGAGGGACUUUCCUAGGCCACUGGGGCCCUCAGGAUGCUUCUCCACCCUCAAGGGCCUGGCCCUGCCCCUGUACCACCCCUCAGACUCCCUGGCACUUGAGCCCCCAACCCCUGCAGUGCCUUUCACUUUUUUUUUUUUUUUUUUUUUAAUCCAGAAAUCCAGAGGGGGUUGGUGGGGACGAGUGUUGUCAAGGGAGGGCCCAAGGGAGAGGAGUGGACAGGCUCUCAGGAAUCCUUUAUUCUUGUAGUAAUAAUACUAACAGUGGGGAAAUGGGAGGGAGAAAACCAGACCAUUAAAACUGCUCAUGGUUUAAUCCCCA